CUCCUCUCUUCCCGUGGUUGAAGGCGCUUUAUGUUUUUUAUUUUACUGAGGGGUUCUCAGCCCUGAUAUCUGCCGGAAUUACUCAUUCAUGUCAGUGCUCAAACAUGCAGCCGCCACCAAGAAAGGUCAAAGUGACACAGGAAUUGAAGAACACACACACAGAGCAGUUUACCAGGCUGCAUCUGAAACACCAGACAGAAUGUGACUUGCUGGAAGACAUGAGGACGUACAGUCAAAAGAAGGCUGGUCUGGAGAGGGACUAUGCACAGGCCCUGCAGAAGCUGGCGACCCAAUACUUAAAGCGAGACUGGCCAGGAAUCAAACCAGACGACCAGCGAACCGACUACAGGAAUGUGUAUGGGGUGUGGAGAGCAUAUCUGGAAGGCACAGUCCAGGUGACCCAAUCACGCAUCAACAUCUCUGACAACUAUAGGAGCGAGAUCUCAGACCCCGCAAAAACUGUCCGACUCUACAAAGAACAACAGCUGAAGAAGUGUAUGGAGCAGCUCAGUCGGAUGCAGGCGGAGUUGCAGGACUCUGUGAAGGACUUGGCCAAGUCCAAGAAGAAGUACUUUGAGCUGGAGCAGAUGGCCCAAGCCGUGCGGGAGAAAGCUGACAUCGAGGCCAAGUCCAAAUUGAGUCUGUUCCAGUCCAGGAUAAGUUUACAGAAAGCUAGUGUGAAGUUGAAAGCCAAGAGAAAUGACUGCAACUCCAAAGCCACGCACGCCCGAAACGACUACCUACUCACUCUGGCCGCAGCUAAUGCACACCACAGCCGCUACUACCAAACAGACCUGCUCAACUGCAUCAAGGCUCUGGAUGGUAAUGUUUAUGAUCACGUUAAGGAUUAUUUGAUAGCGUUUUGCCGGACAGAGCUGGAAGCCUUCCAAGCCAUUCACAACACAUUCCAGUUUCUCCUAGACAAGUCCAGUCGAGUCAUGCAGGAUUUCAACCAGCAGCUGUUCCUACAGGAGAACUCCGUUUUCCAUAAACCACACGACUUCCAGUUCCAGCCCAGUGACAGUGACGUGAGCCGGCAGCUGGAAUCAGAGACGGGUACUACAGAGGAGCACAGCCUAAAUAAGGAGGCUAGGAAGUGGGCAACGCGGGUCGCCCGAGAGCACAAAAAUAUUAUUCACUUUAAGAGGAUCCUGGAGGAGUGUGAGACACAUGGGAUUCCUCCAUCUGAACAAGGCCGUGCAGACCUGGAGCUGAAAAUUGAGGAGGCCAAAGAGAAUAUCCGCAAGGCGGAGAUUUUUAAGCUGAAGGCCGAGGCUCGUCUUGACCUCUUGAGGCAGGUGGGAGUUUCCGUGGAUACCUGGCUAAAGAGCGCUAUGAACCAGGUAAUGGAGGAGCUAGAGAACGAACGCUGGGCGGCACUGCCAACUCUCACUACCCACGAUCCUUCACUCUCGACAGCGGUUGAAUUUGACAGAGAGGACGGGGAGGAGGUGGAGGAGAACAUGGAGGUGUUUGAUGACAGCAGUUCGAGUCCCUCUGGAACCCUGAGAAGCUACCCUCUGACCUGUAAGGUGGUCUACUCCUACAAGGCGUCUCAGCCAGAUGAAUUGACUAUUGAUGAGCAGGAGAUUCUGGAGGUGAUAGAAGAUGGAGACAUGGAGGACUGGGUGAAGGCACGCAAUAAAACAGGCCAAGUGGGCUAUGUACCAGAGAAAUACCUGCAGUUUCCGACCUCUAACAGUGUACUGAGCAUGCUCCAGUCUCUGGCCGCCCUGGACACACGCUCACACACCUCCAGCAACUCCACAGAGACAGAGCUGGCAUCAGGCAGCGUCAACGGAGACAUGAGCAUGAGCUUUGUGAAGGCCCUGUAUGACUAUGAGGGCCAGACAGCAGAUGAGUUGUCCUUCCCUGAGGGGGCUGUCAUCCGUAUCCUCAAUAAGGAUAACCAGGAGGACGAUGGUUUCUGGGAGGGCGAGUUUAACGGCCAUGUGGGGGUGUUCCCAUCCGUGCUGGUGGAGGAUCUGAGUGCCUGUGAGAACGGAGAGACACACUGGGCUUCAGACAGCCAGGUGACUCCCAAUCUGAAGCCUCAUUCCUCGCUCCCCCCCCUGCCUCUGUACGACCAGCCGCCCCCCUGCAGCCCAUACCCCAGCCCCGACACCAGCUCCGCCCCCCCCUCCAUCAACGGACAGCACAAACUGCCCAUCCCACACAAAGUCCCUGUCCACAAUCACAGUUCCACCCUGAGUCCUGAUGGUGCAGGUUUCUCCCCGCUCCCCCGCUUCACUCCAGACACUGCCGGACCGGGCAGACUACGGCCUGUCCGGGCAGCACCUCCUCCUCCGAAGCAGCAUCCCACAGGCAGGUGGAGAAGACAGAGGAGGUGGAGAUCACGCUGGUUUAAGGGUGCUGGCCUGGAGCCUGCUCCUGUCUCCUGAAUCGCUCCCAGACUUUUUAGGGUGGGGUUUGGAAUAAGCCCCUCCCACACACAAAACAAGAUGAUUGGAAAACAUCUCCCCAACAACACAGACUGUUUUGUGCCUUCAUCCCCUUUUAGGCCAGACCAAAAAACUCGAACCCUUGCAUUUUUAGUCAUUCUGUGAUGAAAAGGAUAAAACAUCAGUUUCAAAUGCACAUUCCAACUUUGGUACAAAAGUAGGAAAUUGUAGCCCAUUGGUGAGAGUGAGACAUGAAAAAAUCCCAGCACAUAAUGACUGCUGCUGAUACACCCUGCCUUUACACAGAGACCUGUCCAGCGCUCUACUCGUCCACCCAGACAUUAACAUGUAUUAACUGCGAUUCAAGGACAGUUAUGAGGUAAAGGUAGAGAUGGUAUGACACUGAGAGACAUGUCUGGCUUGCUCUUCAUAUGAGUGGGCAUUUCGGCAGUGGAUAAUGCAAUACUGGGUUGUUAAGAUAGGGGGUGCUGUUGGAAGGACAGAAUAAGGUGGGAAGCUGAGGUUGCCCUUCCACAUUUAAUCAUACCACACAUAUUUAAUAUGCUUUACUAUGGCACAUCACUCUUGUCAUACCAUACAGAAUAUAUCUGACAGGUCCGCACACAGCAUCACAUAGCUAUAGCACAUUUUGAGAGGGAAUUACACAUAAAAGAGAAAUGGAGAUAGAGAGAGAGAGAGAGAGAGAGAGAGGAGGCUGGAUCCUUCCUCUCAUUUUCUGCUCCUCCAGCUCCCUCCAUCCUUUCCCUUUAUACCUCACUCCUCUCUGGUCAAUCCAAAAUGGCGAGUUCUAAUUGUAAGAUUGUGUCUCUUCCCAGCUAUGCGCCAUGACUUCUGUUCUCUGUGUGUAUCAGUAAUAUGUGGUUCCCCAAAGUUACAACGUGGAGAAAGCUUUUGGUCGUAAGUGUGAAAAGUCUCGUUUUAGAGUGAACUGGAUGACCUGUAAUGGUUACCAACCAGUCACUUUGACACACCUCUUCACACUGGGUCCUAAUCAUUUCUAUAUGCCAAUCAAUAUCAGAGCAUUAGUUGAAGUGCAUCACUUUUACAAAUUUCUCUCUGUCUCUCUGAUAUGACAUUAGCAGUGUUUGACGAGUGAGAGGUUUGUGCUUUUGGUUGACCUGGUUCAUCGUUGUUGCAGUAUUUAAGUGAGUGUUCACGUACAAAACUCUGUGACAGAAGUGCAGGUUUUGUGUAAAACAGGAGUAGAGUAGAAUAGCCACACAGGGUGACUAUCUGCAUGUGACUGUAACUAUGAGAGACAUAAAACAGAAGACUCUCCCAGUGGUUUCUCCCUUUAUGAAACGGGCAGCCAGAUUCUCUCCACUUCUGUAAUGUCAAAUCACCUUUUUUUCCUUUUUUCUUUUACUCUCUAACAGAAAGCACCAGAAUGUUGUCUCGGUAAAGAUACUUCACAGUCAAACAUCCCAGCAGUAACCUUGUACUCUUACAACAAGACCUUCUCCUGCCAUUUAUGUCAUCAUUAAUCACAUGAAUUAAUGUUUUUUCCUGUAAUGUUUUAAACCAUAUUUUGAACACUUUAAUAUGUUAUCUCUGCACUUUUCUGGAGUUUUGUUAGUGUCUGUUCUCUGUGUUUCUGUGAUGGCUUUUCUCAUAUGGCUGCCCCUUGCCAGUGUUGUUCUAGGUUGCCCACUGUUGUGCGUGCGUGCGCAUACGUGUGCAUGCGAGCAUGCAUGCUCGUGUGUGUGUGUGUGUGUGUGUGUGUGUGUGUGUUGCUGAUUGUUUUUCCCCAUAUAGUAUGAUACAGAGCCAAGUUCUGGUGGUGUCUCCUGCACUGCUGACUGCUGGCUCAGUGGAACCUGUUUUCCUUGGAGAGUGAGAUUGAUGGUUGCAUUUACACAGAAAAACAAAAAGAUUGAUAGAGAAUUCUAAGAAGAAACCUAAAGGAAUAUUGAAUAUGAAAAGAAUGUUGAUUUAAAAGUUGAAAAAGAGCAUCUUUGUUUUUGAGAGUUGUUUUUAAUCAGAGAGUGAUAUUGGACUGUCCUCUGUCUAUCAUAGCCUCUAUUCUUGUUGAUCUCUUUGAGAUCUUUUGAAUGUUUAUCAAACUUGUUUUGAAGUUUAUGGUUUACAGCAGUAUUCAUCUAGUAAGAAAGCUGUUCUCACUCCAGAAAACAAAUUCCAACUUUAUGAUUUUUUUCUGUUUUUCUCUUUGGCCAGUUACCGUAUCUACAAUACACCAUAUGUACCUGAA